AGUCGCCGGCGGUUGAUAAAAAGAGAGAUAUGAAGAAGCGACGCAUAACCAGCACAGCUGGAGAUGCCAAUGGACCUAGCGUUGGACCAAAAGCACGGACUUCAACUCGCUGGCGCUUCCGCAUUGCGUUGCGAAGAGAGGCACGCGUCGGCCAGGCGGUGCGGCAACUCAAAGAUUUGUUGCCACUGGUGGCGCUAAUUGCUGGAUGCGGAAUGAUCGGGGCAUGCGCAGCGGUUGGCUACUCAUAUGCGCGAUUCGAGGGUCCGGUGGUGGGGCCGGAGCAUCUGGUCACCGUCCACGACGGACGCACCGUGGACUAUGUGGCCCGUCCCGAGUACAGCUUCGCCUAUGGAGUCGAGGAUGGCAAGACGCGCGUGCUGCAGAAUCGCAAGGAGACGCGCAACGGGGACGAGGUGAGAGGAGUGUACAGCGUAGUCGAUCCGGAUGGCACCUUGCGUGUGGUUAAAUACACGGCCGACGAUGCCAACGGCUUCCAAGCCGAGGUCAUUACCAACGGUGUGAAGACUCUGCACGGCCACGGAUCGGACGGGGAUGCGGGUGGUGGGUCAGUGGACAGCCAGGUGAGGCACCACAGCGCCGAGGAUGAUGAGGAGGAGGAUGAGCGGGAGCGGGAGCGGGCACCGCACCAGGGAAAUGGCCAGUACCAAGUGCACGAGGAUUACGAUGAGGGAAAGGAAGAGCAGGCGGAGGAGGACGAGGAGGGUGGGGGUCACCAGGAGUACGAGGGCAGCAGCGAGGAAGGAUAUGACGAGGCAGAUGCUCACAGUCAGCAGGAGGAGUCCAGUGGCGAGGACUACUAG